UUCACGCAAAAAACAUAUAAAGUGACAUUUCGAUAAGUCCUCUGCUCUUCGUAUAUUAAAAGACCGCAUUUCAUAGACUCGCUGCUCGAUUUCUGUGUGAUUUUAUUGGAUUUAAUUAAACUUUCAAUUGAAACUACCUUAAUAAUCCACAAAAAAUGCAACCACAAAUCGUUUUAUUCAAAGAAGGAACGGAUACUUCGCAAGGCAAACCACAGUUGAUCUCAAAUAUAAAUGCCUGUCAAGUAGUUGUUGAUGCAGUGCGUACAACUCUCGGUCCCCGUGGUAUGGACAAAUUGAUUGUGAACAACAAUGGCAAGGCAACAAUUUCCAAUGAUGGUGCAACGAUUAUGAAACUUUUGGACAUUGUUCAUCCGGCGGCUAAGACACUAGUCGACAUUGCUAAGUCACAGGAUGCCGAAGUUGGAGAUGGUACGACCAGUGUCGUUUUGUUGGCUGGUGAAUUUCUGAAACAAGUGAAGCCGUACGUAGACGAAGGUGUUCAUCCUCGAAUCAUUAUCAAGGCGGUCAGGAAGGCAUUGAGCCUGUGCAUUGAAAAGAUUCGUUCGCUGGCCGUUAAAAUCGACAAAAACGCCGACGACAAAAGUGAAUUGUUGAUCAAAUGUGCGUCGACUGCAAUGAAUUCCAAGCUGAUUCACCAGCAGAAAGAUUUCUUCUCGAAAAUGGUCGUCGAUGCCGUACUAAUGUUGGACGAAUUGCUUCCAUUGAACAUGAUCGGUGUGAAGAAAGUAACUGGUGGAGCGCUGGAGGAUUCAGUUCUUGUUCCGGGUGUUGCCUUCAAAAAGACAUUCUCAUAUGCCGGCUUCGAAAUGCAACCGAAAGCCUACACGAACUGCAAAAUUGCACUGCUGAACAUUGAACUGGAAUUGAAAGCCGAACGGGACAAUGCAGAGGUUCGCGUUGAUAAUGUUAAGGAAUAUCAAAAGGUUGUCGACGCCGAAUGGACCAUUCUGUACGAGAAAUUGGCUAAAAUUCAUGAAUCCGGUGCCAAUGUUGUUCUGUCCAAAUUGCCUAUUGGCGAUGUGGCUACACAGUAUUUUGCCGAUCGUGAUAUGUUCUGUGCUGGCCGUGUACCGGAAGAAGAUCUUAAACGCACCAUGAAGUCGUGCGGUGGCGCUGUGAUGACAACAGUGAACGAUUUGAAGAACGACGUGCUGGGCAAUUGUGACAUUUUCGAAGAGAUUCAAAUCGGCGGCGAUCGAUUCAAUAUUUUCAAAGGAUGUCCGAAUGCAACCACCUGUACGUUGAUCCUGCGUGGCGGUUCCGAUCAAUUUUUGGAGGAAACCGAGCGGUCUUUGCAUGAUGCCAUCAUGAUUGUCAGGAGAACGAUCCAGAACGAUUCGAUUGUGGCUGGCGGCGGUGCCAUCGAAAUGGAACUUUCAAAAAUGUUAAGAGAUUAUUCGCGUACCAUUGCUGGCAAAGAACAAUUGCUGAUCAGCGCUAUUGCCAAGGCGUUGGAAAUUAUACCGAGACAGUUAUGCGAUAAUGCUGGAUUCGAUGCCACAAACAUUCUGAACAAAUUGCGACAGAAGCAUGCACAAGGCAAUAGUUGGUUUGGCGUCGACAUCAACAAAGAAACAGUCGCUGACAAUUUCGAAGCAUGUGUCUGGGAACCAUCUGUCAUCAAAAUAAAUGCACUGUCGGCUGCAUGCGAGGCAACGUGCAUGAUUCUGUCGGUUGACGAAACAAUUAAAAGUCCUAAGGCUGGCGGUGAAGCACAGGCACCAAUGGCUAUGGGCCGUGGAAUGGGCCGACCGAUGGGCUAAGAUAUUGUGUGAUCGAUUUAGACCGCGAUGAUGUAAGGCGUUCACAUUUUACCCAUUAGCCGCAAACAUUUUUCUUUCUUACUUUUUCGUUUCGUUUAUUUGUUUAUCAUUUCAUGGAAGUCUAAUAGAGAUGAGGAAAAAAAAAGCAAAUCAAAACAGAAAUAUAAUUUUAGUCUCUCCUAACCCAAGUAUUUUAUAAUAAUUCAGUGAACAUAACAGCACGUAACCAUUUUGCAUUCACUUUUUUAUAUAAAAGAAACAACAAAAAAUUGAUUGUCCGGUCAUCGAUAUUGCAUCGAACAAAAAACAAAAUCUGAAUUUAUUAUUGGAACAAACGUGCUGAUCAACUCGUUUAUUAAAUUGUAAUGAAUAUUUUCAGUGUUUUUUUAAAUGAAGAAAUAAGCUUUGUCAUCACCAUCUCUAGAAUGUAAACUGCACACCUCUAACAUUUAAGCGAUUGUUCAUCAGUUUAUUUUAUAGUUUGUUCGAUUCUUUUAAUAAAAUAAAA